CUCGCUCACUCCGCGCUCAGCCUUACUCUAUUACCUGCACCGACUUGAAAGUCCAGUUUCACAAGGAAGGAAGAACCGUGGAGGAAGCGAAAUAUGUCACAGGAGACAGAUAGUAAACGUCUCGUGGUGGUGGUGCCCAACGAGACGUCGUUCCACCAGCGGAGGGCGUACACGAGCGAGGACGAGGCAUGGCGCUCCUACCUGGAGAACCCCCUGACGGCCGCCACCAAAGCCAUGAUGAGCAUCAACGGGGACGAGGACAGUGCCGCCGCACUGGGCUUACUCUACGACUACUACAAGGUUCCCAAGGAGAAAAGGGUUUUGCCCAUCUCCAAAGUACUUGAACUUUCAGAGGAGCACGAAAAGAGGAACGCUCUGGUGGGCAGCAGUAGCGGCAGCAGCAGCCAGGGCGGCGACUCCGAGGCGAUGGACAACCGCGUACAGGUGCUGAAGUCGCUACCCGUCAACCUGUCCCUCAACACGGCCGAGUCGCAUCACCUGUCCGAGUCCAAACGCGACGCGCUGAGCAGCAGCGGCGGCGGUAGCAGCAGCAGCGGUGGAGAGGGGUCGGAGGUCAGCAGUGCGGUCGCCGUGGUGAAGGCGGAGGUGUACGCGCCCGUGUUCAUGGGGGCGGGCGCCGUGCACUACCGGACGGACGGCGAGGAGCAGCAUCACGGGCCGGCGUCGGUGGCCGUGGCGACGCGCGUGGUGUACGAGCAGAGCCAGAGUAGUCACGCCUACAACGCCGUAACGCUCACCGCACACGGCGCCCCCUAUGGGAAGGACGAGCAGCGCAGCUCACCAGACAGCACUUACGAGGAGGACAACAACGGGAAAUACCGGCCAUCGUCCCUGGGCACAGACGAGUUUGUGUUCGAUCAGUCUGAUGUGGGUAGCGACACUUUCCAGUACACCCUGGAGGCUACGCGCUCGCUGCGCCAGAAACAAGGCGAGGGGCCCAUGACGUACCUCAACAAGGGCCAGUUUUACGCCGUCACCCUGAACGAGACGGGAGCCAACAAGCGACUCAGACACCCCAUCAGCAAAGUCAGGAGUGUGAUUAUGGUGGUCUUCAGCGAGGACAAGAAUCGAGACGAGCAGCUGAAAUACUGGAAGUACUGGCACUCGCGGCAGCACACGGCCAAGCAACGCGUCCUCGACAUCGCUGAUUACAAGGAGAGUUUCAACACCAUCGGCAACAUUGAGGAGAUCGCCUACAACGCCGUGUCCUUCACCUGGGACGUCAACGAGGAGGCCAAGAUCUUCAUCACGGUCAACUGCCUGAGUACGGACUUCUCAUCCCAGAAGGGGGUGAAGGGUCUUCCCCUCAUGAUCCAGAUCGACACCUACAGCUACAACAACCGCAGCAACAAGCCGCUGCACAGAGCCUUCUGCCAGAUCAAGGUCUUCUGCGACAAGGGGGCGGAGCGCAAGAUACGAGACGAGGAGAGGAAACAGAAUCGCAAGAAAGCCAAAGCGAAAGACGGCAGUAUGGGAGUGAUCGCUCUGUCCAAGAAAUCGGACACCACCUUCUUCAAGACCAUGGGGGACCUGGAGGCCCAGCCGGUGCUUUUCAUCCCCGACGUGCACUUUGGAAACCUACAGAGACAGGGGCAGGUGUUCACCUUCAACACAGAAGAAAUAGAGAGAGAAGGGAGUGUUCUGGUGAAGCGGAUGUUCCGCCCGGCUGAGGAGGACUUCUGCGCCCCGCCAAUCAAACAGCACAAGGAGGACCCGCAGAAGAGAGUGCUGCUGUACGUGAGGAAGGAGGCUGACGAGGUGUUUGAUGCCCUCAUGCUCAAGUCGCCCACUGUGAAAGGCCUUAUGGACGCUAUUUCAGAGAAAUACGGAGUGCCCAUCGAGAGGAUAGCCAAGAUCUACAAGAAGAGCAAGAAGGGCAUCCUGGUGAACAUGGACGACAACAUCAUCGAGCACUACUCUAACGAGGACACCUUCAUCCUCAACAUCGAGGGCUACGCAGACGGCUUCAAAAUCACGCUGACCGAGAUUUGAGGCGGACAUCCCUCCCUCAGGGUUGCCAGAUGAGGCUGAUGAUUUCCAGCCCAAAAAAAAUGCUCAAAACUUUCCUGGAAGCACUAAAUCCCGCCCAAUUCUAUUGAUUUCUAUAAUAUGGCCAAAAAAUGGGCGGGUUUUCCUGCAAAAUGCCACUUUUACCCGCAGACGACCAUCCUAAGCUGCCCAAUUGGGCAGGAAACCGGCCAAUCUGGCAACACUGGCCAUCUCUCAGUAAAAGACAUAGAGGACCGAGCGCAUUUCACAUUUCAAACAGCCACUCGACGGUCACAGACAAUUAUGUCAUUAUUCACACACACUCAAGGUG